AAUUCGAUAUCCGCUUGAACUUGAACACUACCCUUCUUAAAAAUCCAAUCUUCCUCUGUGGAUUUUCUUGUUUCUGUGUUUCAGAAGAACCAGAAUAGCAAGAUGGCACGUAACGAGGAGAAAGCUCAAUCGACGCUCAAUCGAUUAAUCUCCAUGAAGGCCGAGGAAAAGAAGAAACCCAAGGAACGCCGCCGUACCUCGCCUCUGAGUGUCGCGACCUGCCGAGGCGGACAAAUCGCGCCAGCAGAUCAUGCGAGAGAUUGGCUGUAAAGUCGCCGAGAUCCUGAACGAAGGAUUGGGCGAGCACCGCUUGCGUGACCUCAACGAUGAGAUUAACAAGCUGAUUCGGGAGAAAUCGCAUUGGGAACGGCGUAUUGUGGAGCUCGGCGGCCCGAAUUAUGUUAAACAUGCUCCCAAGAUGACGGAUUUGGAGGGGAAUAUAAUUGACGUUGCCAACCCUACCGGACGAGGGCCUGGGUACCGGUAUUUUGGGGCGGCGAAGAAAUUGCCCGGUGUAAGAGAGUUGUUUGAGAAGCCACAGGAGCUGCGAAAGAGGAGAACUAGGUAUGAUAUAUAUAAGAGGAUUGAUGCUAGUUAUUAUGGGUACGGGGAUUAUGAGGAUGGGGUGUUGAAGAGGGUGGAGGGUUCAGCUGAGGCAGAAGAGGAGUGGAGGAGGGUUGAAGAGGUGAGGAGAGAGGCGCGGAAGUGGGCAAAGGAGGUGGUUACUGUUGGGGCAACGAAGGAGGUACUGUUCGAGGAGGAGAGGAAGGAGAGAGAAGAGAGGCAGAGGCAGUUUGUCGUCCAUGUUCCACUGCCAGAUGAGAAGGAGAUUGAGAGGAUGAUGGUGAAGAAGAAGAAGAAGAUGGAGCUCCUGAGUAAGAACGCAAGUGAAGGGCUGUUGGAACAGCAGAGUGAAGCCAAGGACAUGCUUAACAUUCAUCGGUAGAGUAUGUUAAUGGAAUUAAUCUUAGUGACUUUUUCUUUAUUUGAUUGGUUGGAUUGCUUUUACAUUCCAUGUCAAAUUGAGUUAGGAGAGUAGUGAUCUCAUUUUUAUCAAUGAAUAUAUGUUACAUAAAAUGGGGAAGAAUGUAAAUCUGAAAUUUUAUUUUAUUGCUGAUUAAUGUUGAAGACUAGAAUUCUUUUGUACAUUUGGGAUUAGAAUCUUCUGGAUUUAAGUUUUCCUGCUGCAUAAUAGCUUGAUCUUUCCCUAUUGUUUGUACUUAGUUGCAUGUGAUAGAUGCAUGGCUUUAUGUUUUUCACAUGCUUCAGGGUUGCAGUUGGAAACUCUAUGGCUACUCUUGCUUCAUGUGUUGGAAGCUGUAUCAGUACUAGAUUCUACCUAAACUAGUCCUGGUAUCCCAGGAUAGGAGAUUAAAUCUGGAAUACAUACAAAUACAGUUACAUCUACAUGACUGCUACUGAAAGUUGGGAAAAUGAGAUUUCCCAGAGCUGUUGAGAGGGACAACAAAGAACCAUAAAGAAAACAGGUUUUUGAUAGGGUGUUAAUGUUGACUUAAUUGGUGAUGGAUGUAGAUUUCUAGUGCACAUGAAUGAGAGUUCACGGGCAUAUUGAAGUUACAAGUUAAUCAUUGAUUUGAAAUUUGACAUCACAGGGAGCUCUCAUUUUUCAAUCUUGCCAUACAACAUUAUUUCUAGUAAAUGAAUAUCAGAUGCUUCAUGGAACUGAUGCAUUGUUGCUUAUAUAUACAAGCCCUUGAAUUUGUAAAUUGUUCACAUUGAAUUGAAUUGCUCUUAUGUUGUUCGUAUAAACUGUUAUAUUUUAC